GGGUAUCUGGAGGAUGCUUUGCUUGAAUUCAGUGAACGUUCCAAACGAAGACGCCUGUUGUUGUGCGGUGAUCAUGAUCAAACCAAUGACUUAAAUGGUCUUGCAAAGAGCUACUGGAAUUCAAGCUGCAACUGGGGCCUCUCUGAGAAUUUCAGCUGCAUGAGCCAGAUAACAAGCAUUAAUGGAGUUUCAGAUGAACCAGUGAGUACAUCAGUGAGCAGUGAGGAAGCAAACAUUGUUACAGAGAUAAAAACCCCAGAACAGGCAAUAUCUGGCAGCCCUGAAGCUCUUGAUUCGUCAUCAUCUUCUUACAAAGGAUCAGUCAAGACGAAGUCGUUUUUUAACAAAGACACCCAAUUCUCCACUGACCCCAUAUCUUCUUCUGGAAGUGAUGACAAGAAGAAGAAAAGGGUGAUAGCAAGGGUUGUUUAUCCAUUUGCAUUGGUGAAGCCUGGAGGGAUUGAAGGCGACAUGACCCUAAACGACAUUAACGAAAGGAUUCUAAUGCCACCGACAAGGCCGGUAAGGCACCCUGUUGGGGAUUUUGCUUGUAGACCAUGCGUAUCUGCCGAUGGUCCUGGCCUUUCUGGAAAAGCUGUGGUGGCCCUUACCAAAAUACACACUCAAGGGAGAGGCACCAUCACCAUUAUUAGAACCAAAGGUUAAGGAAUUUAACAUUGGAAACUUAUAAUUCGAUACUGCUUGCUUUUACUUCAGCAUAGCUCAUGCUUUGUUUAAAAUUGUAUAGGAGAAGGGGGUGAAUCAUGCAUGAAUGUAAAAUAGUCCACUUUUUACACAUUAUAGAUACCAUUAGUUGUGGGAUUUUGAUGCUUGAACUAGCUUUCUACUUUUAUGAGAAAAAGAUUUGCUCUUUGAAUCAAA